AUGUCAGAGAUACUUGAUCUCUCUUUUCUGUCUGAGGUGGAGAGGGAUUUGAUCCUCAGUGUUCUACAACGAGAUGAGGAGCUCCGGAAAGCAGAUGAGAAAAGGAUCAGGCGACUGAAGAAUGAGCUACUGGAGAUAAAAAGAAAAGGGGCCAAGAGGGGCAGCCAACACUAUGGCGAUCGGACCUGUGCCCGGUGCCAGGAGAGCCUGGGCCGUUUGACUCCCAAGACCAACACUUGUCGGGGUUGUAAUCACCUGGUGUGUCGGGACUGCCGCAUCCAGGAAAGCAAUGGUACCUGGAGGUGUAAGGUGUGCACCAAGGAAAUAGAGCUGAAGAAGGCAACUGGAGACUGGUUUUAUGACCAGAAAAUGAAUCGCUUUGCUUAUCACACAGGCAGUGAGAUAAUUAGGAUGUCCCUGCGCCGUAAGCCUGCAGUGAAUAAAAGGGAGAUGCUGGGACAGCCCCUUCUUCAUCAGUCACAGAUGGAUGAUACCUGGCCGGGAAGAAAGAUCAUUCAGGAGCAACAGAAGAAGCCCAGUGUGCCAUUUGAAGUGCCCAAGCCGAAAAGUGGAAAGAGUGCACUGGAGGCCGAGAGCGAGAGUCUGGAUAGCUACACAGCUGACUCGGAUAGCCUGUCAAGGAGAGACUCUCUGGAUAAAUCUGGCCUCUUUCCAGAAUGGAAGAAGAUGUCUGCCCCUGCACCUCAAGUGGAAAAGGAAACUCAGCCUGGGGGUCAAAAUGUGAUAUCUGUUGAUGAGGGUGAGAUGAUAUUUAAGAAGAACACCAGAAAAGUCCUCAGGCCUUCAGAAUAUACUAAAUCUGUGAUUGAUCUUCGCCCGGAAGAUGUGGGACAUGAAAGUGGCUCCUUGGGAGACAGAAGCAAAUCUGUCCCAGGCCUCAGUGUAGAUAUGGAGGAGGAAGAGGAAGAAGAAGACAUUGACCAUCUGGUGAAGCUGCAUCGCCAGAAGCUAGCCAGGAGCAGCAUGCGAAGUGGUUCCUCCAUGAGUACAAUUGGCAGCAUGAUGAGCAUCUAUAGUGAAGCUGGUGACUUUGGCAACAUCUUUGUGACUGGCAAGAUUGCCUUUUCCCUGAAGUAUGAGUGGCAAACACAGACUCUGGUCAUCCACGUGAAAGAGUGCCACCAGCUGGCGUACGCUGAUGAAGCUAAGAAGCGCUCUAACCCAUACGUGAAGACUUACCUUCUGCCUGACAGGUCCCGCCAAGGAAAAAGAAAAACCAGCAUCAAGCGGGACACCACCAAUCCACUGUAUGAUGAGACCCUCAGAUAUGAGAUCCCAGAAUCUCUUCUGGCCCAGAGGACUUUGCAGUUCUCAGUUUGGCAUCAUGGUCGUUUUGGCAGAAACACUUUCCUUGGAGAGGCAGAGGUUCAGAUGGAUUCCUGGAAGCUUGAUAAGAAACUGGAUCAUUGCCUCCCUUUACACGGAAAGAUCAGUGCUGAGUCCCCGACUGGCUUGCCAUCACACAAAGGCGAGUUGGUGGUUUCAUUGAAAUACAUCCCAGCCUCCAAACUCCCUGUUGGAGGUGACCGGAAAAAGAGUAAAGGUGGGGAAGGGGGAGAGCUCCAGGUGUGGAUCAAAGAAGCCAAGAAUCUGACAGCUGCCAAAUCAGGAGGGACUUCAGACAGCUUUGUCAAGGGAUACCUCCUUCCCAUGAGGAACAAGGCCAGUAAGCGUAAAACUCCUGUGAUGAAGAAGACCCUGAAUCCCCACUACAACCACACAUUUGUCUACAAUGGUGUGAGGCUGGAAGAUCUACAGCACAUGUGCCUGGAACUGACAGUGUGGGACCGGGAGCCCCUGGCCAGCAAUGACUUCCUGGGCGGGGUCAGGCUGGGUGUUGGCACUGGGAUCAGUAAUGGGGAAGUGGUGGACUGGAUGGACUCGACUGGGGAAGAAGUGAGCCUGUGGCAGAAGAUGCGACAGUACCCAGGGUCUUGGGCAGAAGGGACUCUGCAGCUGCGUUCCUCGAUGGCCAAGCAGAAGCUGGGCUUAUGAGUCCCUGUCCUUCUCUGCAGGUCCAGCCCUGUCCAGGGCAAGUUGGAGGAAGUGAAGAAACCAAGAGCAAAGAUUUAUAAUUUUGUGUGUGUGUGUGUGCACGUGUGUGUGUUAUGUAUGUGUGUGUAUAAACAUGU